ACACCUUGGCUGGUGAGCUCUAUAAAAAAGCUGCAGGAAUCUCGGCAUUAUCUCCCUGUCCGUUCCAGUGAGGCAGAGAGAGGGAGAGAGAGCUGCGUGUUUUAGGAGUGGCAAUGGCUCACAGCACCAUAUCCCCGGGCAGUGCCACCACUACAGGUGCUGGCAACACCAAGCCCUCAAUAGCUGUCAACAACCCAGCGGAUAUCUCAGUCAUUGUCAUCUAUUUCCUGGUGGUGCUGGCCGUGGGAAUCUGGGCAAUGGUGAGGAGUAACAGGGGGACGGUCGGAGGUUUCUUCCUUGCUGGCAGGAGCAUGAUAUGGUGGCCGAUUGGAGCCUCUCUGUUUGCCAGUAACAUCGGCAGUGGCCAUUUUGUGGGAUUGGCUGGGAACGGUGCAGCUGGUGGGAUAGCCACCGGAGGAUUCGAAUGGAAUGCUCUGGUCAUUGUCAUUAUUCUGGGAUGGCUGUUUGUACCAAUCUACAUCAGAGCUGGGGUGGUGACCAUGCCGGAGUACUUGAAGAAGCGAUUUGGAGGGAAUCGGAUCCGGAUUUAUCUCUCUGUGCUAUCGCUUUGCCUCUACAUAUUCACCAAGAUAUCGGCGGACAUGUUUUCAGGAGCCAUAUUUAUUCGAGAGGCGCUGGGAUUGAACUUGUAUGUUGCCGUGGUGAUCCUGCUUUCCAUCACUGCACUGUAUACUGUGACGGGUGGCUUGGCGGCUGUGAUCUACACGGACACGUUGCAGACCAUCAUCAUGGUGGUGGGGUCCUUCAUUCUGAUGGGUUUCGCAUUCAAUGAAGUGGGCGGCUAUGACACCAUGAAGGAGAAAUAUAUGAAUGCCAUCACUAGCCAGACGACUUCACCCGAUCUGAACAUCAGUGCGAAAUGUUACACACCCCGUCCAGACUCUUUCCACUUGUUCCGAAAUCCCAUCACUGGUGAUAUUCCUUGGCCAGGCCUGAUCUUCGGCCUGUCAAUCCUGGCAAUCUGGUAUUGGUGUACCGAUCAGGUCAUCGUUCAACGCUGUCUCUCUGCGAAGAAUAUGAGUCACGUCAAGGCUGGUUGUAUCCUUUGUGGCUACCUCAAGCUGUUACCCAUGUACCUCAUGGUCUUCCCAGGAAUGAUCAGUCGGAUUCUGUACACAGAUGUCGUAGGUUGUGUUGUGCCCAGUCUUUGCAAACAGUACUGCGAUGCUGAUGUUGGAUGCACCAACAUUGCCUACCCCCGGCUGGUGGUGAAGCUGAUGCCAAAGGGUCUGCGUGGCUUGAUGCUGUCUGUCAUGUUGGCAUCGUUGAUGAGUUCCCUGACAUCCAUCUUUAACAGUGCCAGCACACUUUUCACCAUGGACAUCUGGACCAAGAUCAGGCCCAAAGCAACAGAGAAGGAACUUAUGUUAGCAGGAAGGGUCUUCACCUUGGUCCUGAUUGGGAUCAGUAUUGCCUGGAUUCCGAUCGUACAAACGGCACAGAGUGGACAGCUCUUUGACUACAUCCAGUCAAUCACCAGCUACCUGGGUCCUCCUAUAGCUUCUGUCUUCCUGUUGGCCAUCUUUGUCAAGCGUGUCAACGAGCCAGGUGCGUUUUGGGGUUUGAUAUUUGGCCUUGCCACUGGCUUGUCUCGAAUGAUCCCGGAGUUUGUGUAUGGAACGGGCAGCUGUGUGCGUCCGAGCAACUGUCCCAAGAUUAUUUGCGGCAUCCAUUACCUGUACUUUGCCAUCAUCCUCUUUGUCGCCACCAAUGUGAUGGUGCUCAUUGUGUCCUUCCUGACAAAGCCAAUUGAUGAUGUUCAUCUUUACCGACUGUGUUGGAGCUUGCGAAACAGCAAAGAGGAACGUGUCGAUCUGGAUAAUGACGAUUGGAAGAAUGAAGAUAAUGAUAGCAAAAUGGAUAUUGAUGAAGAGUCAGUCCAAGAGGUGAGCUGCUGGAAGAAAACCUAUAACUGGUUCUGUGGAUUCGACCAGAAGCCCAAAAAGCUGAGCAAAGAGGAACAGGAAGCCCUUCAACAGCAGCUGACGGACAUCUCAGAGGCGCCCCUGUGGAGAAACGUCGUCAACAUGAACGCCAUCAUUCUGCUGGCCGUCUGCAUCUUCUUCUGGGCGUUUUACGCAUAACGCUAGGAUCAAAGGAGACAUCCUACUGACUAACCUCUCUCAACCAUUUUAACCAAACCCAUGAUGCAUUGCUUUCACACUCUUCACAAACGAGUGCACAAUGCUGUCUGAUUUGUACUUAAAAAAAAACGGUGUUUCUAAAAUAGAUACUUCCUUUCUCACCAACCGAUAGGAUGAAACUGGUGUCCCAGUUUUUACAAAGAGAUCUUGAGAAAUUUUGAGAAUCCCUGCUGGACCCUGAGGCCUUUGCUUCACUGAGCUGCAAAUUUGCACACAUUACGUUGGCUACAAGUUUGAUGACAGCAAGCUUACAGAAGUUUGUAAGAGGCUCUUACAGAAACAAUACCUGAAGACAAUUGUUUCAAAAAUGGAUAAUUUAUUAUGUUUUUAAAGAAAUAAGUGCAAUAAUAAUGCUGUGAGAAAUAAGAUGAUAAUCAGAGGUAAUAAAGUUCAACUUUCUGUUU